UAACAACAAAAUGACAUACACCAAGGCUAGGCUAUGUUUAUUUGUAGUCUAUGGCUUGUAAUGCUCCCCUCUCGAACCUAAUUAUUUAUUAGAGCUGCAAGCAAGACUGAAGAAUAGAUGGAUAAAGUUCUGCUGUUUUCAACACUUCUUAUUUGCUUGGUUUACUUACCAGAUAUGUUAAACUGCUAUAAAAAAUAUCCUAUGGAAAUCACAGGAUAUGAGAAAGACUGUGUUAAUUAUAGUUGCCGCUACACCGGAAAAAUAGAAGGGUAUAUUGGAGUCCAUGAACUGAUUUUGGAUCCCGAUGAAUGCAAACAGAGAAUAGCUGUUCGCGUUUGCCCAAGGUGGGAACGCUGCUUAAAUGGCUCUGCUCCUUGGAUACCGUACUGUGAUCUAUACGUAGAUUGCUGGGAGCCGGAAGUCUGCGCUGAAAGGAACAAUUUCCCCUGCUACUGCUCAGGAACUUUUCCUGUUAAAUUCAAGUUUUUCUCUAUGGCAGAAAAUGCUUUAUAUCGGCUUGUAGCGACAGACCCAUUUGAUCAUGGAAAAAUACUUUAUGUCGGCAAUAUAUUCGAUUCAUCAAUGAAACCAGAUAAUUGGGACCCAGUGGACAAUCUUGGGUUCGCUUGGAGGGAAAAAGAUUAUUCUCAUUCAACCAACGGAGAACAACAAUUACAUUCAGAGUUUGUCUUCUUGGGAGUCGGAGCGCUAUGUGUCCUCCUACUAGCAUAGAGAAAACUUGCUCAGGAGUAUUCCAGAUAUAGCGGCACACUCAUUACAGGGGGUGGGUGUUCGUAAUUUUGUAAAACGUUUUACAAGGAGUGGGGUAAAUAGGAAGAAUUAUUACAACUUAAUAAAAGAAAUGAAACUAAAUAUAAUUGUUGCAGCUAUUGAGAAUUUUAGAAAAGUUAUUGUUUAAGAUAUAAAGAAAUAUAGUCAUUCUGCAUUUUCUUAACAUAGAUUCGGAAAAAAAUAUGUUACUAUUUUAUUAUUUACCGUUAAUAUUUUACACGAAAGAAUUGUUUUUAAAUUCCAUAUUGUGAGUGGAGAUAGGGAUGCAGAAAUAUUAGGAAAUAUAUUUGUGCCUGAUUUUCUUUUAACUGAUGAGGUGGGUAAUGCAUGAACAGGGAUCGAGAGAAAUGGCGUUAUGUAUGUAAGACUCGAGUAUGAAACCUAAUCAACAAAGCUAUAUGCAUUACUAAAGAUUUUUCAGUAAAUAAUAUGUUGUUGAAAUUAUGGCUGUUUUUUUGAAAAAAGUAUUUGUAUAAUUAUUUCAUUAUUACAAUUAAUUAGAAAUAAUGUUCUGCGUUUGUUUACAAUGAACAUUUUUGUUAGCAUAUACAGAGUUUAUUUGUUCAAAAUAAUAUAUGCAGUUUUUAUGAACACAAAUGAAAGGCGAAGAGUAAAAUCAGAUAAGUUGUGCGCAAUGUAGAAGAAGCUUUUACUUACGGCAUUGCACUGUUAAAUUCAACAUCUCUCUUGGACGAUUGGUACCUAUUAGCCGUAUGUCACCGAACUGGUAUUUAUAUUGAUUAAACCCUA